AUGUUGGAUGAGCUGGAUAACGUCUUUGACGAGCAUCCCUCAUUGGAUGCGUCGCUCGAAGACUUUGAGAAUUCAAAUAAUGCCCACCGUUCUCCGGUGUUUGGUCUACCGUCACAACAUUCAGGAUUUCGGUCAGAGGAAUCCGACGUGGAAGAAGAUGACAUGACGCCUAACGGGGAGCGCUGGUCACCCCCAGGGUUUCGGAGGUAUGACUACGUCCAAGGCAGUGGGUGGUACCGGCAUCAGCCCUAUCUGCGCAAGGUCGAUCAGGACCGUUUGGGACUAAAGCCCACUGUGGGGUUAAGUCCAUCGCAAUCGCGAGAACCCAGUCCGCAAUACGAAGACGCUCUGGAGGACCCCAUGACUGGUAAAAGGAGCAGUUCUACUGAUACAGGGGACCUUACGAUCGCUGCCAAUGUUCCACUGCCGAUGGACGCAGACUCACCGCAUAAGGUUCGGUCACCUAGCCCACGCCGGGUGCCGGAGACCAGUCCCGCCCCGGAAGGACUGGAGUUUGGCUCGGAUAAUAAUCUAAGCAAUUAUAUCCGGUUCGCUGUGCGCGCAGAGGUUCAGCAGCGCGAACCCUUUGUCGCACUCUUUAGUUACUUGCGAUCCAAAUUCGAUAAGAUCACUAGCUCCAAAUCCAACACCACCAUUUCCAUUCUGGUAGCCCUACUAUCCAUAGUCUUCAUGCGCGCUUUGUUUUUACCCAGUGUACCGCAAGCAAUUCCUGACCUGGUGAAAUUGUCGGGCUUUGCGCGGUCUUUUGAGCCUCUGAUAUACUAUUCAGAGAAUGGCGUACAACAGAUAGGGACGUUGCAGGAGACCGGUGUUGCUGUCUGGGAUCUGAGUGAGUCUGUUCGCGGUACCAAUAUGACCAGUGCGCCGAUCAUAGUGCGCCAGCUGGAUGAGUUGUCCGAGUCCCUGAAGUCGCUGUCUUUAGAGUUGACGCGCUUUUUCGCCAAUGUGGACUCGGACGUGGACUCAAUCUUACUUGUCAUGGAUUGGGCCAAACGGGAGCUGGAGACAUUGUCGUCCCAACCACCCAGUACGCUACCGUCGAUCAUGCUUGACAAUAUGCACGAUCUUCUGGCGCGACUCGGCACGCUAGAGCGCAUCACCGUCUCGGAUGGGGAUGGUGUUGGUGGCGAGCUAAACACUCCGACCACCUUUGGCCACGUUGUAACCGCGUUGUUCGGUCAGACAUCGGCCCAGCGUACGCGCUCCACCCUCACACGGACCUUCACAGAGUUCCUGUCGGUACUUGAAGAGUCCAUUAACAGCGAGUUGACACACUCAACUGCGCUUUUCGCGCUAUUUGAAUCUAUCGAUCGCCAGUUUCUCAAUAUUCAACGCACGGUUGUGCGUGAGUCAGAUGCCCAAGAGCGUGCUGAAGGUGAAAUGCUCAGCUCUCUUUGGACCCGUGUUCUUGGGCCUGACGCAGCCGUUGUGCGGAAGUAUGAGAAGAACAAGCGGCUGCUCGCUAAUGUCCGUAGCCGGACGGUCGCCAACAAGCAUCUCCUCAUGGAUCACCGCGGCCGGCUCCUUACUCUUAAGGUCAACCUGGAAACUCUGCGACGAAAGCUCGUCAGUCCACUCGUCCGACGCAACGAUUCCGUGAGCUUUGCUGGUGCUAUUGAUUCAAGUGGUGGUCGGAGUAAUGGUCGGAUGCUAGGGCCGGUCGAGGCUGUAAUAGAAGGCCAGAUUCGUGGCUUAGAGGGCAGCUAUGAUUACCUUCGGUCUGUCCGGGAGAAGCAGAAAGCCAAGUUAAUGGAGAUGGUAUAUGGAUCAGGACGGAAGCUACCGACCCACUCUAUGCUUGCCGACGGAUCAGAUGACGAUACCAUCGAAGGGAUUUGA